AAUACCAAUUAAAUUUAAAUUCUUGCACAUUGAAAGUUGAUCUGGAAAGAUCAGGAAACUUUCCGUCUAUUUUUAGCAUUUCCACAAAACAUCAUUCUAUUGAUUCCACUGAAGACUGACAAACACGUAAUCGAUGGAGGCUGCAGCGAUGGAAGGCAAGAGGAAAGUUGUUAUAGCUAUGGAUGGGAGCCAGCAUGCUUUGUAUGCAUUAAAUUGGUUUAAAGAAAAUGCACACAAACCUAACGAUUAUGUGUACCUUGUUCAUUCUAUAGAGUUACAACAUGCACUUCAUAACUCAAAAUGGCUUUACGAACCCCAAGCAACCGAUGUUGACACAUUAGGACCAUUGAUACGAGAAGAACGCGCAAUUAUCAAAACCAAAAUGGAUAUGAUAGGAAAGCAUCUCGUAGAUUUACAGAUGGAAGGUGAAGUAAAACCUAGCGAGUCAAAAAAUCCAGGAGAAGGUAUCAUUAAAGCAGCAGCGGAGGUGGGGGCGGAGUUUAUCGUGACUGGUACCCGUGGUAUGGGAACUAUUCGCCGUACGAUCCUAGGAAGUGUUAGUGACUACGUUUUACAUCAUGCUGAAGUACCAGUAAUUGUGUGUCAUAAACACAAGGAAAAACAUUGAAUGUUUGUCUGAUUGUUUUGAACGGUUUUAUUGAGACAAAGAUUUUUAUUUUAUUUUAUUUGCCAAAGAACCAGACACGCAUUUUUUGACAACUACUUUAUUUUUAUUAUUUCCGACAAUUAAUAUGCUUGGAAUAUUGAAAUAAUUUUUUUUAUCUCA